GGUUUGAGGGUUUUAGCGGUUCAGCAACUGUGUAACCUUUGCGAAACCGAUUACAAAGCUACCUCAAUACACUCUGGUAACGUCUCCUUUAUCUUCCUUUCCUUUUGAAUAAUUGCUGGAUUCUUCUCAAUGUCUCUUAGUUUCCAUGUGGGUAUCAUCUGUUAAGUCACUUUCUUGUAGAAAAUGUGUCAAACAUGUUAGCUUCAUAAGAUUAUAUGCCGUUUCCGCGCUUGCUCACUUGAAUUUCUCCCUGUCAAAUCCCAUUGAAGAAGAGAAAACCAUAGAUAGCCCUAAACAAAAUCGUACAAUGAAUAAUUUCUUAGAAAUGGACAAGGUAAAGGUUGUUGAAACUUUGAACUAUUUGAAGAAAGACCCUGGUCUUGCUUUCUCAUUCUUUAACCAGCUGAAGGAAAAUGGCUUUUGUCAUGAUCCUUGUACAUAUGCGGCUAUUGUUAGAAUCGUGUGCUACUGGGGCUGGGAUAGGAAAUUGGAUUCCUUAUUAUUGGAGCUUAUUAGGAAAGAGAGAAACUUGGAUUUUGAAAUUGUGGACUUGUUUGAAGCUCUGGAUGAGGUGUCUGAGAGUGAGAGUUCCAAUUUGCUCGUUAGGGUGUCUGACGCUUUGGUUAAGGUUUAUGUUACUAUUGGAAUGUUUGAUGAGGCUAUUGAUGUUCUUUUCCAAGAUAAAUGCCGUGGAUUUGUUCCGCAUAUAUUGUCAUGUAAUUUUCUCCUGAACCAGUUGAUUGAGUUUGGGAAAUUGGAUAUGUCUGUAACCAUUUAUCGGCAGCUGAGGGCCUUUGGCCUAUGCCCUAAUGAUUACACCUAUACCAUUGCUAUUAAGGCAUUUUGUAGAAAAGGUUGUUUAGAUGAAGCUGUUGAUGUUUUUCGAGAAAUGGAGGAAUAUGGUGUGACUCCAAAUUCUUUUGCUUACACAACUUAUAUUGAAGGUCUCUGUUUGCAUGGGAGGUCAGAUUUGGGUUUUGAAGUGCUUAAAGCAUGGAUAGCUGCAAAUCUUCCAAUAGAUGUGUUUGCUUAUACAGUUGUUAUCCGUGGCUUUUGUAAUGAAAUGAAACUGAAAGAGGCAGAGAGUAUAUUGCAUGACAUGGAAAAACAAGGAUUUGCCCCAGAUGUGUAUACGUAUGGUGCUUUAAUUUCUAGAUUUUGCAUGGUUGGGAAUUUAUUUCAAGCUUUGUCUCUUCACAAUGAAAUGGUGUCAAAAGGUAUCAAAACAAAUUGUGUGAUUGUGAGUUCAAUUCUUCAAGGCUUGUCUCAGAUAGGCAUGGCUUCUGAAGUGGCAAAUCAAUUUAAAGAAUUCAAGAAGAUGGGGAUUUUCCUUGAUAAAGCUUGCUACAAUGUGGUGAUGGAUGCUUUGUGCAAGCUGGGGAAGGUGGAAGAGGCUGUGGAGUUGCUUGUUGAGAUGAAGGGUAAGCAGAUGGUUCCCGAUAUCAUCAACUACACAACUCUGGUUGGUGGUUACUGUCGUAAAGGUAAAGUUGUUGAUGCAUGGAAUUUAUUCAAAGAAAUGAAAAAGAAUGGACACAAGCCUGAUAUUGUUACUUAUAAUGUUCUUGCUGGUGGCUUAUCGAGAAAUGGCCUUGCACAGGAGGCCCUUAUUCUUUUAAACGACAUGAACACCCAAGGUGUUAAACCUAAUACUGUCACUUAUAAUGUGAUCAUUGAAGGCUUAUGUAUAGCUGGGAAGGUGGAUUAUGCUGAAUCUUUUUUUGGUAAUUUGGGAGAUAAGUGCUUGGAAAACUAUAGUAGCAUGGUCAAGGGUUAUUGUGAAGCUAAUCAUACGAGGGAGGCCUUUGACCUGUUCAUUAGGCUGUCUAAGCAGGGAUUUCUUGUGAAGAAAGCAUCCUACAUAAAAUUACUCGAAAACCUCUGCAUGGAAGGUGAUAAUGAAAAAGUGCUGUUGUUGUUUGACAUAAUGUUGGCUAUGAAUGUCAAUCUUGUCAAGGUCAUUUAUGCUAAAGUCAUUGGAGCACUUUGCCAGGCAGGAGAAAUGAAGAAGGCUCGACGUGUUUUUGAUAUUAUGGUUAAUAAAAGUCUAAUUCUGGAUCUGAUUACUUACACAAUGAUGAUAAAUGGUUAUUGCAGGGUCAAUCGCAUGAGGGAGGCUUUUCAUCUUUUGGGUGAUAUGAAAAGCAAAGGGAUUAAACCCGAUGUUAUUACUUACACAGUUUUGCUUGACAAUUGUUCAAAAUUAAAUCUAAAAAGAUUCCAUCCCGGGCAAGAUUCUGUGGAAAGUAAGGGGAAUAAAAUGGAUCCUUCAGCUUUAUGGAGUGAGAUGAAGGAUAUGGAUAUAAAACCUGAUGUUGUUUGUUACACUGUUCUAAUUGACAAACAUUGUAAAACAAACAAUAUCCAGGAUGCUAUAAUCCUUUUUAAUGAAAUGAUUAGUAGAGGAUUAGAACCUGAUAUUGUGACGUACACAGCUCUUUUAUCUGGACAUUGUAAUGUGGGAGACAUAGAAAAGGCUGAAGUCCUUAUUGAUGACAUGUUGUAUAAGGAAAUACAGCCAGAUGGCCACACCAUGUCAGUAUUGCAACAUGGUAUUUUGAAGGCCAGGAAAGUGCAUUUUCGGCAGUAACCAUUCUGGAGAUUCAUAGUAAGCAGAUCAACCAUAAAAUCUGUAUCUAAUCAGCAUUCAGUUAUUUCAAGGUACAAGGAAACAGGUCAUGCUACUGAAGGUAUAAAAAGGUACUUUUCAUGCCUUGAAAAUGGUGGAACAAGACAUUUUUGGGUAUCAUUGUUUUGCUGCAGGCCUUAAGAAGAUAGGCUUUUAUUACCAGUGUGGCAUAUCCUUUGCAGGGCGAAUUGCAUGACGGAGGCUUUUCAUCUUUUGGAUGAUAUGGAAAACAGAGGGAUUAAACUGGAUGUUAUUACUUACACAGUUUUGCUUGACAACUGUUCAAAAGUAAAUCUAAAAAGGACCCAUCCCAGCCAGAUUCCAUUGGAAGUGAGGAAAAUAAAAUGGACCCUUCAGCUUUAUGGAUUGAGAUGAAAGAUGUGGAUAUGACCUGAUGUUGUUUGUUGCACUGUUCUAAUUGAUGAACAUUGUAAAAUAAACAUCCAGGAUGCUAGUCUUUCUUAUGAAAUGAUUACUGGAGGACUAGAACCCGGUACUGUGACGAAUGCAGGUCUUUUAUUUAUACAUUGUAAUGUGGAGACGUACAAAAAGACUAAAGUCCUUAUUGGUGAAAUGUUGUAUAGGGAUAUACAGCCAGAUGGGCACACCAUAUCAGUAUUGCGACAUGAUAUUUUGAGGCUAGGAAAGUGCAAUUAGGAAGUAACCAUUCUGGAGACUCGUAGUAAGCAGAGCAACCAUAAAAUAUCUGUCUAAUCAGCAUUCAGUUUUUUCAAGAUACAAGGAAGCAGGUCAUGCUACUGAAGGUAUAAAAAUGGGACUUUUCAUGCCUUGGAAAUGGUGGAACAAGACAUUUUAGAUAUCAUUAUAUUGCUGCAGGACUUAGGAAGAGAGGCUUUGUUACCAGCAGAGCACAUCCUUUGCAGAAAUUUUAUCCAAAUCUGAAAUCAACUAUUAGAGGAAGUGUGGCUAUGCUUUGGUGGACAGACAGGUAGGUCCCAUGUUAUUUUCAAUGGACAACAAUACUUCUGAUCCAUUUGAGGGAAGAAAGCUGUCUAAUGGAUGGAGAAGCAAAAAGGGAAGGAGAAAAUUAGAAGAAAGGAAAGAAAAAGGAGGGAGCCUAAAAAUGUCUAAAUAGAAGAUAAAUGCGUCUGAGCAAAGAAAAAAGGGGGCAAAAGUCACUGACUGAUCUUCAAGAACUUGGACGGCAGAUUAUGCUGCCCUGGAAUGCUUCACCAAGAGUAGACAAAGCAAGGUUGUCAUACAG